AUGACGGCAAAAGGCAUUACCCAAAUGGCAAUAAGUAGGCACAUCUCCAAGAACCGUAAAAAAUACAAUUGGACAGCUAUGAAGACGUCAAGGAUAUUGGGAACAAUUCUGGUCGCUUUGCUAAUUAACAUCAUUAGUUAUGGUGAGGCUCAAGUGCCUGUCUACAAGCCAGCGGUAAAGAAUAAAUCAAUAGAUUAUCGUAUGUCCUUGGCGCAGAUAUUGAACAUGCCUGAAGUUAAAACGAACCCCUACAACCUAUUCAAAUCAAGGGAAGAGUUUAUUUACUUUGCCGAAAAAUACAUAAAAAAUCGCAAAAUAUAUGACUAUAAAGUCUAUCGACCUUAUGAACCAGCAGCGAAACCGACGCCCUCCUUGGCCUAUGAAUAUGUCAGAAGAAUAUUGGAAUCCUUGAAUAUUUUGAACCCAGCAUGGAAUGGAGGAAAUGAAAUUGAAAAUUCUGAUGGUACAUCAACUACUUCAUCCACAGUGAAUAAAGAUGUGUCACAGCUUUCUACCACCGAGGGACCGCUUGUAACAAAUUCCACAGAAGGAAUAAAAAAUGAAACUUAUAUUCAAAGCACUACCCUUGAAAGUUCUAUGGCAGAAACCACGACACCUGCCGCUGAAGGAAUGCUUCCUUAUGACAAGAAUUAUACCUCAACUACUGAGUCAAUUUUUACCAUUCCAAUUAGUACCACUGAAGCCUAUGUUAACUAUACGUCCACCACAGAGGAACUAAUGUUUACAUCUUUGCCGGAAACUACAGAAAGUUUUGCACCACACUCUACAACAGAAGCUCAAUAUUCAACAUCAGUGGAAACAACGGAAGCAGUAGAUUAUAGCGAUCGAGAUCACAAGACAUCAACUGAAUCAGCAUUUACUACUCCAGCAAAUAUAUUCGUCGGUACAAGUGAAUCCACAAUUGUACUAAGCACUGAUCCAAGUUUUCCUACGGAAUUAACAACACAUGAAGCAGUCCAAUCCACUCCAACAGAAAAUGAAGACACUACUACCACUAGUAGUUCCCAAAGUAAGACAGAGACAACCUCCGCUAGUUGGAUAUUGGAUUCAACAACUGCAGAUGUAUUUUUCCCUACAACUUCCAUGACUUUUGUUGGAAAUGAAGUGGAGCAAACAACAGAAGUUAGUGCAGAAUUUAUUCCUACAACUUCUGAGAAUCCACCAGGAUAUGAGAGUAAUGAAGAGACAACUAAUCUUUACUUCAGCACAAAUUUCACUUUUGAUCCAAUAACAAAUGAACAGUCAACUCCUUCAUACGAGGUUGAUAACAAUAUAGAUGCUACUACAGAAAAUGAAUAUAACUCCAGCGGUGUUAUACUACAAUACCAAACCACCUGGCCGACGCUAUUUGAAACAACAACAUACGAAGCAAUUGAAUAUUCGCCCACAGAUGAACCUUCUACAAAUGAACAGACAACUCCUUCAUACGAGUUUAACUCCAGCGAUGUUUUGAGUCAGUAUCAAACCACCUGGCCUACGGUGUUUGAAACCACAACUAACGGUAUAAUUGAAUAUUCGACCACAGAUGAAUCUGCUACCAUAGAAACCAACAGUGCUUCCAUUCAAGAAACCACAACUUUUGGUACACCUGAAUAUUCUACUGCAGAAAAUGAAUUUAAUUCCAGCGGUGUUAUAAUACAAUACCAAACCACCUGGCCUACAGUGCUUGAAACAACAACUAACGGUAUAAUAGAAUAUUCGACCACAGAUGAGUCUGCUAUUCUAGAAACCAACACUGCUUCCUUUCACGAAACCACAACUUUUGAUACACCUGAACAUUCUACUGCAGAAAAAGAAUUUAACUCCAACGGUGUUAUAAUACAAUACCAAACCACCUGGCCUACAGUGUUUGAAACAACAACAGACGUGACAACUGAAUAUUCGACCACGGAUAUAUUAUCUGUUCCAAAAACCAGCCCUUCUGCCGUUCAAGAAACCACAACAUUUGAUACAACUGAGUAUUUUACUCUAGAAAAUGAAUUUAACUCUAGCGCCAUUAUGACUCAAUAUCAAACCACCUGGCCUAUGGUAUUUGAAACAACAACAUACGAUACAACAAAAUAUUCCACCAUAGAUCCAUAUGAAAAUUAUUCAAAACUUCGAUCGGUAGCUGAAGAUUCUAGUCCGGCCACAGUUUUGUAUCCAACAACAGAACCGGAUAUUCCUACAACAACAACUACUGGCAAUAUUGAGUAUUCUACCUCAGAUAUGUCUUCUAAUCUUGAUGCUUCUUUGGAGCACAUAAAAUUGAAAACAGAUCAAUCUAACGAAUUCGAGAUGCCAGUUUACUCCACUGAAAGUAAUGAACUUUCCAUUUCUGAUAUGGACCAAACAACCAACUUAGAAAGCAUCAUGUUUGCCGAUGCAUUUGUACCACAUAUGCUAGAGAAUCUAAAAGAAUCUGUGGAUCAAACGACCAAUGCUGGAACAUUUGAAACCACAACAUUUACUGAUGAAGUUCAACCUACAUCUGAUACCUUCCCAAAUACAGAAGAAACAACAACACUUGUAAUUGAAGCUGCUUUCAGUGAGGCAUUAGAGUUCGAUGGAACAACUAGCCCAAGCAUUAUUGAAACAACGACCACCGAUUAUACUCCUACCGAAGGAAGUUUAAGUCUAACCGCAACAGAAGAUGCUUCUUACGCCUUGGUUGAAACCCCAAAAACUUUAGAUUUAACCAUAGCUUCUUCAGCGAAUGUUGAUAAUGAAACUAAUGCAGAAUAUGUGCCAACUUCAACAACGGAAAUCGCAAUCGAAACAACUUCUAGCUCCUUUACUCCAGAAGUAAAAGAUGACUAUGAGGAAACUGAAAUAUAUCAAACCAUUGACCCCAGAAUGUAUGAAACAACAACAGUUGGUUCAACUACCAACGAGGGGUCUUCGGUUCUGCAGGAUAUGUUAGGUCAUAUACCAAAAGAAGGUUUAAUCGAGGCUGCGACCAUAAUUGAGUCCACUGAGCCCUUAGAUAUACCCAUAAAAACUUUACAAAGUAUUGACAGCGUAACUGAGCAAGAGUAUCAACCCACAUCAACAAUGGAACCAAUGGUUAAAGCGGAAGACCUGACUGGUUUACCACAAAAACUUUCUAGUUUUUAUGGCUCAGCUUUAAAAGAUGACUAUGAAUAUACAAUGGAUACCAUGGACUCUACCUCAUCGCCCCAUACAGAGACUUUAACAGUUUUAGAUACGCAAUAUACAACAUCUUAUACUGAAAAAGUAUUUCCCUCAAUACCUUUGAAAGAGUUACAGUCCCAUGUUGAUGGCACAUCCAAUAGAAGAAUGAAAGCAUUUGCAAUUGACAAUACUCUGGAAAACGAUAAUUCUUUUAUUCCUGACACAGAAUUGGCGAACAAAUUGGACCAAUUCGCCACUGUGAAAAAAGAAUUCUUGGAGCAGUUUACUGAUGCAACCAUAUCUUCUCUACUAACAACCUCAGCGGAAUUCCCUUCUUCAACACUACCAUAUGCAACUGAUACCGAUAUCUCCGAAGAAACUACAACCUUGAGAGAAGAAGAAUAUGUGACAGAAAAUUCACCAACAUCUGCAAACUUUGAAACUGAAGCGUUUACUCUUAACAUCGAAAAUGUUGAUAAACAAACAAGUUAUCCGACAGAAGAACCGGCUUUGGAAUAUACAACUGAAACCAACAUCUUGCCCUCUACAACUGUCAUAUACGAUUCAACAGAAUACCCUUCCACAACAGAGUCUUUGAUAUAUUUAGAAGAAGAAAUUAAUGAAGGCACCACUACAGAAAUUAUUCCAGAAAGCACAACUUAUAGUUUCCCUUCAACAACUGAUUUCCCUAUAACAACCGAUGAGUCUUAUAGAUCUACCACCGAAAUUUGGGAGGAAGUGGCAGUAUAUGAAGAUGAUGAAUUUUUUACAGAAUCCCCUACUGAGAACUUUAAUCUUACUACAAUAAGAAAUUCGCCACAACUUCCUACUUCUACUGAGUCCUCUGAUACUACGACUGAAACUUUACAGGAAGCACCGUAUAUAGAAUCGUCAUUAGAUUCCACUAGAGAAUCUUCUAAAUCUUUGACUUCCUUGCCAGCAACCCCAACAUACAGCCUAGAAGAUCUCGCUACUUCAACAAAAUCUUAUACAGCUACCACUGAAAUCCUAGAAGAUUAUUCUGCAAAAUCCACAACUGAACCUCCAAUGCCACUUUUUAAACUUGCAGCAAAUGGUUCCACACAACUGGACACUUUAGCUGAGAGUUCAGGUUUUCCCAAUGACAUUUCAAAAAAAGCAUCCAGCAAUCCAUACAAGAAAUUCUCUAAAAACAACGUAUCAUCCAUGACUGCCACAGCAAAAGAGUUAACUCCAUCAAUAGUGGGAAAAACAAUAGAAAGAUCCCAAGAUUCCGAACUUGCUAAAGUGGAAGAUAAUCUUGAACUCCUACAAGUAAUAACAUCGACAAUUGCAAAUUUAGACAUCAAAACAACAACAACAUUAGUUUCCGAAAAGGAACCUACAUUAUCAACGCAGAGUUCCAACACUGUAACCAACAGUGAAUCCAUAGUUGAUGGUUAUACUACGGUAUCAUCCAUAUCAAGUUUCCAUAACGAUUUUGAUACCACCACUCCCUCACUCCAAGAUUCUGAAACAACAACCGCUUUUCAGCAAAAUGAAACCGUGUCAAAUAAGCUCACUGAAAUCUUAAAUUCAACGGAAACAACAAAUCUUUCCGGAUCCGAAAGUUUACAACCCAAACUGAACAACAGUUCCUCCAAUGAAUUACAUUUAGCAAAUAAUGAAGUCCAUUCAAUACAAAAUAUCGAAGAACCAACUAAUUUACCAGUUAUAAAUGCAGAUGAAGACUUUGGUACAAUUUAUAGAUAUAGAUCAGGAUCCCGAUCUCUUAAGUUAGAUAAUGGUAACAGCUUACCACCAAAGAAAAUAAGAUAUUCAUCUGAUGUAAUGCCUACUUUAGACUAA